GUAGGCCGGCGGGAGGGAACGGUUUGGGCGCCCUGCUUCCAUGGCUGUCCCGGCAUCGGUGAAGACGGCCUUGCGGGUGGCCCAGGUGCUGGAGAGCAUCGUGAGCCGCUGCCUGGGGCCAGAUGGGCGGCAGGUUUUGUGUACGAAGCCCACCGGCGAGGUGCUGCUCAGCCGGGAUGGAGGCCGCCUCUUGGCGGCGCUACACCUAGAGCAUCCCAUAGCCAGGAUGAUAGUGGCGUGUGUUUCCAGUCAUCUCAAACAAACAGGAGAUGGUGCUAAAACAUUUAUUAUUUUUCUUUGCCAUUUACUCAGAGGACUUCAUGCAAUCACAGGAAAAGAAAAGGAUUCGUUGAGUAUUGGAACUAUGCAAACCCUGGAAAGGCACUGGAAAAAUAGUUGUCAGUGGAAAUUUAUUUCCCAAGCUCUACUAACGUUUCAGACACAAAUACUAGACUAUACUAUGGAUCAUUGUUUAAGUAAACACUUUCUGUCCAUCUUUUCUUCAUCUGCGAAAGACAAAACUUUGUGUGGGGGCUCUUUAGAGUUACUCUUAGGAGCUUAUUUUUGUGGAAGGGUGGGAAGAAAUAAUCACAAAUUUAUUUCACAAUUGAUGUGUGAUUACUUUUUCAAAUGUAUGACUUACGAAAGUGGGGUUGAAUUAUUUGAACUAGUGGAUGACUGUUUUGUAGAAUUGAAUGUUGGUGUAACUGGCCUUCCUGUUUCAGACUCUAGAAUUGUCGAUGGGCUCGUGCUUCACAGAGAUUUUUCUGUUUACUGUCCAGCAGAGGGUGACAUACGAAUGGUGAUAGUAAAGGAAAUUAUCCAGCCUCUUUUUUCAACCUCUAGAUCAGAGUUUAUGCUAAAUUCAGAAGCACAAUUUCAGACAUCUCAGUUUUGGAUUAUAGAAAAAACAAAAGCAAUAAUGACACAGUUACAUAGUCAGAAUGUGAAAUUGCUUCUCUCUAGUGUGAAACAACCAGAUUUAGUUAUUUAUUAUGCAAGAUUGAGUGGCAUUUCAGUAGUGGAGUGUUUAUCAUCAGAAGAAAUAUCUCUUAUCUGGAGAAUCAUUGGUCUUACUCCCUGUGAACUACCACAAACCUCAUCACAGUGUGAAAUUUCUAACACUGCUCUGGUGAAAUUUUGUAAACCGCUUGUACUUAGAUCCAAAAGGUAUGUUCAUCUUGGCUUAAUUAGCACAUGUACAUUUAUACCACACAGUAUAGUUCUUUGUGGACCAGUUCUGGGCCUUGUUGAACAACAUGAGAGUGCUUUACAUGGAGCACUUAAAAUGCUUCGGCAGUUAUAUAUUGAUCUUGAUCUAAAUUAUGUAAUACAAGCCAGUGACCAAAAUGGCAGAUCAAAUCCUCUUACUUAUAAAAAUAGCCAAAAAAGUAAUCAGUUACCAGAAAUUAGCAAUGACUCAAUACUUAGAUCAUAUCAGGAUGUAGUAAAGAGCAAAGAUGUAUGUGAAAAUUUGGUAGUUUCAGAUGUAGAAUUAGAAGCAAAUAUUCCAUGUUCAAUACCAGAAGUGGCACCAAGAGAUACAUUCCAAACAAAUAAAGCACAGAGGUGUUUGUCUCCAGAAAAAAACAAAAUAAUGGAUGACUCUGAGCUAUUAGCUAAUUCCACUGAUAAAUCUACAACAGAAAACACUAGAAUAGAAAUUUCUUAUGAAAAUUUACAGGUCACAGAAAUUCCUAGAAAAGGGAACCUGUUACCAUUGAGAUCCAAGUCAUUGGAUAUAUGUUACCAUUCCUCAUCUGUGCCAGCAGGUUGUGUUUUGCCAGUAGGUGGCAGUUUUGAGAUCUUGUUACAUUACUACCUUCUCAACUAUGCCAAAAAAUGCCAGCAAUCAGAAGAAACCAUAGUUAUUACAUUAAUAGCUAAUGCACUUUUAAGCAUUCCUCAAACCCUUUAUAAGUCCAAGAAAGGAAAUAACAGCUUUCCACAAAUAUAUUUGAGUUCUAUCCAUGCACUGCAAACCCAUCAACCCAUGGUAAGCAGUCAGGUAGGUUUGGAAUCAGUAACUGGUAAGUACCAGUUACUAACUUCAGUUCUUCAGUGUUUGGCAAAAAUAUUAACCAUUGAUUUGAUUAUCAGUGUUAGGAGGCAACCUCAGAAAAAUUGUGAUCAAGAUUCAGAAGAUGAACUUUAACAUCUGAAGUUUGUUUUUUUAGGUUUUAUUUUUAAUUCCUACUCAAGCCAUAAAGUAAUGCAGGCAUAUGACUCCUGGUUCUGAAGCAAUUUAGUCUACUUAGGAAAAUAAUACAACUUAAAUAGUAGAUCUACUGUAAGGUUAUCAGACCAUUUAAAAUCUAUGUUAGACUUAUUUAUGAAACAAAACAAAUGGAGAAGCUAAAUUUGGCUAUAUUUGUGUCUUGCCUGUUUUUAUAUGUAUCGAGCUCUGUUAAUCUGUGUAGAGAGAUGGUACUUGCUUAUAGCUCCUUUCUAUCUUUUUUCUACUUUCUUCACUCUCAACUUCAUUUUAUAUGUAGUCCAUGUAGUCGUUAGAUCUCAGAUACAGAUGGGAGUCCUCAAAGGCCAUCUCAUUUUAAUUGUAAAGCAAAUGUUAUUUGCUUCAUUUAAAAUAAUUUUCCAAGAAAAAAGUAAUUUUCCCUGCUCAUAAUUUUUAACAUAAUUUUUUCCUUUUAGAAUGUUUUUUUUAAUUUUUACAAGUUAUAUGGGUUGUUUCUAUCUCAUUUGAAAAAAACUUGGGUAAAUUUUUGCCAUUUAUGCACAUAUAUUUAAUAUAUGUUUCCAGAAACAGCACUGUGCUUUGUGAAUGUAUUUCUAUAAUUAAAAGUUCAUACCAGAAAAGACAUUCAUACUUUUCAUUUUUCCUUGGCUCCUAAAAUCUUAUAAAGCUAAUCUGUGCACCUGAUGUUUCAUGUACUUACUUUUUCUUAUAUAUGGGACAUUGCCAACACUGGCAAUGUUCAGUAGUAACCUGUUCAGUAGUAACCAAAAAAUGGCAUAUUUCUAAUGUGAAUUUAGAAAUGCAUUUUGCUUUUCAUUUUAAGAGCUUAAAAUGCAAGUAAUACUGUGCUUCUAGCCAUAGAUUAGAGCAGUGUCUUCUGCUUUUUGUAGUUCUUUGUAAUACUCAAAAGGAUAUUUUUGUUUAUGCUAAAUAUUCAGGCCUGCUUGUGAAAUAAAAGUGUUAUCUUC